UCAAAAAUAAUACUUUACAAUUUUAAGAACCAAAUAUAAUACACUGCACAAUAAGUGCCUUUCAUACAAUAAUUCACUUAUAACGCUGGCAGUUGUCCUAAGACGGGAGUGAUGUUUAUUUUUCUCUCAUUCCAUCCCAUCUUUUCUUGCCUUUAAUUUGUUGAUUCACAUUGGGCUCGAAUCCACGGCUUUCCGACCUCCGGAAAAUUGUGCAACAAUGAACUGCUUCAGUGGAACAGUUUAAAGGCAUUUCUAAAUCUCAAAAAUCAGUAGUAAAAUAAAUACAGCUCACUUAUAUCCUUUCUCAGUUGAUGCUAAAAAUGCUGCAAAAUGAAACAGUAUAAUUUAUCAAUCGCGUGGCUGGCAAUAACCACAACAUCAGCUUUUUUUUUCUGGCAGGAUGCUCCUUGGCAGAUUGCUCAGGCAGGAGGAUUCCUUGAAUAACAGCUACUGGUUCUUAGAUUCCCAGCCACCGAGGGUCAUGAAGAAAAACAGUCCAGCGAAGUUUCUGCAACAACUCGAGCAUGCGCACUCCGGUAUAAAGCUGGGUAAAUUCUUUUGUUUGUUCAAAGUGGCGUCUUAGUUAUAACACAAGGUCUUCUGACAGAAAACAACGACAAAAGAUAGCAACAUCUCAGUGUAGCGUGGCUGUUUGCAAUUCAGGCAAACUAUUGUUUGAUUUGAAUGCCAUCCAGAAGAGUGCCACGCCCUUCCCCAGACGCCCUGGCAAUAACCGGAGGCUCCCGUUUACACUCCGUAACGGGACCCGGUCACUCCAGCAGCAAUAACAACCGGAGUCUGUCUCCCACCCCCUCUGCAGCAACCGGACUCCCUCAGAGCCUUGCCGCUUUGGCAAGAAGCAGACUUUGAAAAAUGGAGAACUUUCGACAGUUUGUUGGGUUUCUGGUGGGUGCAGCUUUCCUGGGCACCCUCUCGGUUGUGUUUGUUUUGAUUUGGGUGUUCCACUGGAGAGAGGGAUUAGCGUGGGACCAUGGACUACGGGAAUUUAACUGGCAUCCGGUCCUUAGCACCGUUGGGUUUAUCUUCAUUAAUGGAUUCGGUCUCAUCAUUUACAGGUUGCCCUGGACAUGGAACAUCAGUAAGCCUCUGAUGAAGUACAUUCAUGCUGGCUUGAAUAUUGUAAUCUUUGUUCUAAUGGUCAUUUCACUCGUGGCAGUCUUUGACUUUCAUAAUGCUAAGAAGAUCCCUAAUAUGUACAGUCUACACAGCUGGGUUGGAUUGGCUGCUGUUAUUAUUCAUGCUCUACAGAUAGUAUUAGGAUUAUGCAUUUUCCUGAUGCCCUUCACUCCUAUGUUUAUCAAGACUUUUUACAUGUCAAUCCAUAUUUUUACUGGUCUUCUCGUCUUUGGAAUGUCGAUUACUGCAGCUGAAAUGGGAAUAACUGAAAAACUUAUUUUCUCUCUACGGUCAGGUAGCAAUAAUACACUCCCGUAUUCCCAGUCACCACCUGAGGCAAUAUUAGUCAAUACUCUGGGAAUUUUCAUUCUCCUCUUUGGAGGCUGUAUCUUGUGGAUUGCCAAACAUCCAGAGUGGAAGCGCCCUUCGGAACAUGUAAAGGAAAACAUUGGCAAUGAAGAGCGAUCCAUUUUAAGCAAAACAACAGAAGUUUCUGCUGAAACCAGUAAUGAACGUGUUCAUGAAAGAGGAGCAGGAUUGACACACCUCAACUUGGAAGAUGUGGGUCAAAGGUCAACAUUUUAAGAAAUGAAUUGUAUUUUACUGAGAUGCUGAAUUAGCACAGAAUACUUUUGAUUGUUAAAAAGUGGCCAAUUGUGCUAAGUGAACAUGCCAGCCAAAACAUCACAUUCUUAAAUAUUUGAACAGAGUGUUUCUGGAACAGAGGGAAAAUAUUGACUAAAACUAAAUGCUUUGACACCUUAAUGUACAAUUAAAAUUAUUCUAUAA